AGUUGGAAGCUUCCUAUGGAUAUUUAUACCACCCUUUAGUAUUAUCUGACUCCCAAUAAACUCAUUUACCAACUUGCAUUAUUAUUGUAUGGCUUUGGUUUGUUCACACGAUGCCUUGGUGGGAUUUGCGAUCACUUUCCUGUUUCGGGAUCGUUCGGGAUGUAUUGCGCAAGAGGUCCAAGAUUUCUGUGGUUACUAGUGAUUGGUUUCCUCCCAGUGACUUUCCUUUGAUAGAACACAAGAACGAAGAGGAAAGAAUGAGGGAAGUCCAGCUUGGUUCACAUACUGUAAGGUCCCAUGGUGUCACAGUUGCAAGGACGCACAUGCAUGACUGGUUGAUACUUGUGCUUCUUGGGGUGAUUUUGAUCAUCCUUUCCAGAAUCCAUCCAUUUUAUCGCUUUGUUGGGAAGGAUAUGAUGACUGACCUCAAAUAUCCUUUAAAAAGUAAUACAGUGCCUAUUUGGGCAGUUCCUAUUUAUUCACUCCUGUUGCCAAUUGCGAUUUUUCUUGUCGUCUAUUUCCGUAGGAGAGAUGUCUAUGACCUUCAUCAUGCCAUACUAGGUCUCUUAUACACUACUCUUAUCACAGCCGUUAUUACAGAUGCUAUAAAAAAUGCUGUUGGUCGACCUCGGCCUGACUUCUUUUGGCGUUGUUUUCCUGAUGGAAAGGAUGUUUAUGAUACAUUGGGAAAUGUUGUAUGCCAUGGUGUCAAAAGUGUCAUAAAGGAAGGACAUAAGAGUUUUCCUAGUGGUCAUACUUCAUGGUCCUUUGCUGGUCUAGGUUUUCUAUCGCUGUAUUUAUCUGGAAAAAUAAAAGUGUUUGACCGCAGAGGCCAUGUUGCAAAAUUAUGCGUUGUUUUUCUUCCUCUACUUGCUGCAUCACUUGUUGGCAUUUCACGAGUGGAUGACUACUGGCACCACUGGCAAGAUGUGUUUGCAGGAGGUCUCCUAGGGCUCACGGUGGCUACGUUUUGCUAUUUGCAGUUCUUCGCACCACCAUAUCAUCCUGAAGGCUGGGGGCCUCACGCUUACUUCCAGGUGUUGGAGGAGUCACGGGCAAGUACACAAGCAGCCAAUGCGGUGAAUGCGAGCAGUGUGCAGGCCAUGGAGCCUGAGGUUGAAGACAAACAAGAUGAAAGAAGCAUCCAUGGGUGUUUGGGUAUAACAAUAGCUCCUAAUUCUUCUGGUUCAACAUUGGAAGACAUGGAAUCUGGGAGGGGAUGAUCUGUACCUACCCUACAUCAGGCAUAUGUAUAUCCAUUUGUGAACUAUACCCUAUGUUCCCGUUUUUCUUUUUGAAGAAAAUUUUGGAGCCUGUUCGAAAGCAAACCACAAUAUGACUGAUUCUAUAAAGAAGCAAAAUCACAAGAAUUUGGUGUUUUUUCCCUUAAA